CGCGAUCCUUCGGAUCUUAACGAAAUCUUGCAAAAUUCCAGCUUUUGCGCCAGUUUCGAAUGCAAUGUGGGGAUUUUUCCGCUCGAAACCAGUGCUCCGAUCCAAAAUGAUGAUAAUUGGGGCGGUUUGGAUGGUGUGGUGGGUGGGCGCGUGUGGCGCCGCCACUCUGCAGCUGACCGAACAAGAUUUUCCCGAAAUCCACUUUAUGAACCUGACGGCCGAUCCCUGCACGGAUUUCUACCAGUUCGCCUGCGGGAACUUCGGAAAUCUGCAUCCGCUGCGCGAUGGACAGGCGCUCAUCGACCAGUUCAGCCUGCUGGAGGACGCGCUGGCCGAAACCGUCCAGGGGCUGCUGUCCGCCCCCAUACGAGGGGACGAUGCCGCCGUGGUGAAGAAGGCGAAAUUUGCCUUCCAGGCCUGCACCGACCGCACCUUCAGCGAGACGAUCGGCUUGCGGUCGCCCGAAGUGGAGGUGGUAAACAAGUACGGGGGUUUCCCCAUUCUGGGCGGGCGCUACGGGGGGGCCAAUCCCGAGCCCAGCUGGAACGAGAUCGCCGACAUCGCCGCCGAGUUCGGGAUCAGCAUCUUUUUCACGCCCAGCCUCUAUGCGGACGCGCUGAACGCGUCCAGGAACCUGCUCAGGAUUUCGUCGGACGGGAUGGGAAUCCCCGUGCAGUUCCGGCCAAUGGCGUCCGAGUCGUACGAGGACGCGAUUGAGGAGGGGUUCCAGGAUAUGGUGAAGCAGCCGGCAACGGCGCAGCGCGUGCAAAGCACGCAAUCGACCAUUCCGGCCAUGGAGGUUUUGCUGCGCAAACUCGUGCUGAAACUGAAGCGCGCCAUGGGAAGCGAGCGCAGCGACGAGUAUCUCUAUGGCCGCGUUGCCAACGUUUCCAAUUUCCUGAAAGGAAUCUACAGCGCAGGCUAUAUCCCGGAAGGCACCGAGAUUGGCCCGAUCGUCAACGACACGAGCGCCACCGUGGUGACCUUGCGGCAGCUCAACGAGUGGACGGCGCUGCACUUCGGCAACACUGUCCAGCUGGACUGGGUGGAGUACACGCGCCGCCUCCUCCAAUACACACAGGUGGAGGUCGAUGCCGAUUUCCUCAUCCUGCGCCCUCUCGAAAUGGAAACGAUGCUCUUCGGCAUCCUCAACUGGGUGCGCAUGAACGACUGGGAGAUCGUGAAGAGUGCCGCCCUCUUGCGGGCCUUCACCUACACAGCGGCUGACAGUGACGUGGAAACCCGCAAGGACUUUGAGGACUAUCUGGUGCAAACCGGAAAAACCGUCUACCCGCGAUGGCAGUACUGCGCGCGCAAAAUCAUGGAUACGACUGGCACGCUCUCAUUGGCCCUGGCGGUGACGUACGAGUACCAAGCGCGCGUCUUCAACACCACCAGCAUGCGCACGGCCGCCGCCCUGGUGGCCAACCUGCGCAGCACCUUCAAGGAGGUGAUCGAGGCGGCCAACUGGAUGGACGAGGAGUCGAAGGCGGCCGCCCAGACCAAAGCCGACAACAUCGCGGUGCUUCUGGGGUACCCGGACUUUGCCACUGACGCCGCUGCCUUGGAGGUUUUCUACGAGAAUCUGCCCAUCGCCAGCUGGGAUCAUUACGCCAACGCCAAGAAGCUGAGGGCCUUUCAGCUCGCUUAUGCGCUGAACAUGGUCAGCUACCGGAACCGCACCGCUUGGGACAAGUCGCCGCUGGAUGUCAACGCCUACUACAAUCGCCAGAACAACCGGAUCGGUGAGUCGCUGAGCUCCCACGUUUUGCCAUAACUCUCUUACUAGUUGACAGAGUUUCACUGGGCAAACGCGCUUUUGAAGCCCGGGAAAUUGUCUUCAAAUUUUGUCUGAAGCAUUUUCCGCUUGCGUUACUCGUGUGGCGUCCAGACGCGAAUGAAAAUUUCCAAACCGCGAGCUUCGGGAUUUGCCUCUAACUGCCAUCUUUCGCCCAUAACUCUCUUACUAGUGGCCGGAUUUUCUAACUAUUAUUACCGCUGGAAAGCUUGAGAAAUUGCCUUAAAAUGGCUACUGAAGCAUUUUCCGCUUGCAUUGCUGGUGUGGCGUCCAGACGCCGAUGAAAAUGGCCAAACCGCGAAUCACAAAAUUUGCCUCCAACUGCCAUCUUUUGCCCAUAACUCUCUUAAUAGUGGCCCGAUGGUCGAACUAUUACUACCGUUCAAAAGCUUGGGAAAUUCACGUAAAAUAACUGCUGAAGCAUUUUCCGCUGGCGUUACUAGUGUGGCGCGUAAUGGAAGUGAAAAUCCGCAAAUUUUAAAAAUCCCUCAAAAAAUCCCUGAUGAUGGCAUUGAAUCGAAACUUUCACACAUUGUAGCACCGACGCUUCUGCUUUUAAGGCAAGAAACGCUAAAUUCCCAGCUUUUCUGGUUGGGACGCAAUUAAUUUUUCUAUGGCCGAUAGCAUUCGCGCGUAGUUGAAGCAAAAACCCGCAUAAUUGAAAAA